AUGGCUUCCUCCGCUCGAGUCCUCCGCCAGGCCAGCGGUAUUCUGCUGCGAGACUGCGCUCCCAAACCAUGUCCCUCGCACCGAGCCUUCUCGGUGCGUGCUCGUCUUGCGCCAAUCGCGACUAGACACCACCUGCUGAGCCCCAAGACACCCUCAUGGCAGCAGGCCCGAAAGUUCACCAGAUCGACAAAGCGCUAUGCUGCUGUCGACACCGCUCCCCGCCCCGAGGCCUACCUCGAGAGCGGUGUCGUGGAGCCAGGGAAAAAUCUUGUGGGCGUGUCCAAGGUGCUUGUGAUUGGGAGCGGUGGUCUAAGUAUUGGACAAGCAGGAGAGUUUGACUAUUCAGGCUCACAAGCUCUCAAAGCUCUCAAAGAGGCUGGUGUGAAAUCCGUCCUUAUCAACCCGAACAUUGCAACUAUCCAGACCGACCACAAACUCGCAGACGAGGUCUAUUACCUACCCGUUACACCUGAGUACGUCACUUAUGUGAUUGAAAGAGAGAAGCCCGAUGGUAUCCUCCUCACCUUUGGUGGCCAGACUGGUCUCAAUCUGGGUGUACAGAUGAAUAGGAUGGGUAUCUUUGAACGAUAUGGUGUCAAAGUGCUCGGUACGAGCAUCAGAACACUGGAAGUCAGUGAGGAUCGAGACUUGUUCGCCAAAGCAUUGAAUGAAAUCAACAUCCCUAUUGCACAGUCGAUUGCUGUCGGUACUGUGGACGAGGCUUUGGACGCUGCCGAGCAGGUUGGAUAUCCUAUCAUCGUCCGAUCCGCAUAUGCUCUGGGUGGUCUCGGCUCUGGCUUUGCCUCAAACCGGGAAGAAUUGAGCAAUCUUGCUUCGCGAUCCUUGUCCCUUUCCCCUCAGAUCCUCGUAGAGAAGUCUCUCAAAGGAUGGAAAGAAGUCGAGUACGAAGUGGUCCGCGAUGCUGAGGACAACUGCAUUACUGUCUGCAACAUGGAGAACUUCGAUCCCCUCGGUAUUCACACUGGUGACAGUAUCGUCGUGGCUCCCAGUCAAACUUUGAGUGACGAGGAGUAUCAUAUGCUCCGCACUGCAGCCAUCAAAAUCGUUCGACAUCUGGGUGUUGUAGGCGAGUGCAACGUUCAGUAUGCCCUGCAACCAGACGGACUCGACUACCGUGUCAUUGAGGUUAACGCUCGUCUAUCUCGAUCCUCCGCAUUGGCCUCCAAAGCUACUGGAUACCCUCUCGCGUACACUGCCGCAAAGAUCGGUCUUGGCCACACACUGCCUGAGCUGCCAAACGCCGUGACGAAAACAACAACGGCCAAUUUCGAGCCCAGUCUUGACUACAUCGUGGUCAAGAUUCCUCGUUGGGAUCUGUCAAAGUUUCAGCACGUCAAGCGAGACAUCGGUAGCGCCAUGAAAUCGGUCGGAGAGGUCAUGGCCAUUGGCCGUACUUUUGAGGAGUCUUUCCAGAAAGCCAUCCGCCAGGUGGACCCAAGAUAUGUUGGCUUCCAGGGCGACAAGUUCGAAGACCUCGACGAUACGCUGCGAAACCCUACCGACCGACGCUGGUUGGCUGUGGGUCAAGCUAUGAUCCACGAGAACUACUCCGUUGAGAAGAUCCAUGAUCUGACCAAAAUUGACAAGUGGUUUCUCCAUAAGCUACAGAACCUGAAGGACACCAUGAAGGAAAUCCAAGAAAUCGGAUCCCUGGCAGAGAUCAAGCACGAGCUCAUGCUCAAGGCCAAGAAACAAGGUUUCUCUGACAAGCAGAUUGCCAUGUACACCAACUCCACCGAGGGCGAGGUUCGCGCUCGACGACAAAGCUUCGGCAUAAGGCCAUGGGUGAAGAAGAUCGAUACACUUGCUGCCGAGUUUCCUGCCGACACGAACUAUCUCUACACAACUUACAAUGCGUCUUCUCAUGAUGUUACCUUCGAAGAUCAUGGAACUAUUAUCCUGGGAUCUGGAGUCUAUCGAAUUGGUUCGUCUGUCGAGUUUGAUUGGUGUGCCGUUAAUGCCACCUUGUCACUGCGGAACAUGGGUCAGAAGACUGUUAUGAUCAAUUACAACCCAGAGACCUAUAGCACCGAUUUCGACACCGCGGACAAGCUCUAUUUCGAAGAGUUGUCAUACGAGCGUGUGAUGGAUAUCUACGAAAUGGAGGGCGCAACCGGCGUUGUUGUCAGUGUUGGUGGUCAACUUCCUCAAAACAUCGCUCUCCGUCUCCAGGAAGAAGGUCAUGCGAAUGUGCUCGGUACUGACCCCAAGGACAUCGACAAGGCUGAAGAUCGUCACAAGUUCUCCCAGAUUCUCGACUCGAUCGGGGUGGAUCAACCUGCAUGGAAGGAGCUUACUUCUGUUGAUGAGGCGGAGUCAUUCGCUGAUACCGUUGGCUACCCCGUCCUGGUUCGACCAUCUUACGUUCUGUCCGGCGCUGCUAUGUCGGUCAUCCACAGUCAAGCUGAAUUGAAGGACAAGCUGGAGUCUGCUUCUGCUGUGUCUCCAGACCACCCUGUCGUGAUCACCAAGUUCAUCGACGGUGCACAAGAAAUUGACGUAGAUGCCGUGGCCUCCAAGGGAGAGCUAAUUCUGCAUGCAGUUUCGGAGCACAUCGAGAAUGCCGGUGUUCACUCGGGUGACGCCACUCUGGUUCUCCCUCCUGCCAACCUCGACGCCAACGUGAUGAGUCGAGUCAAGCAGAUUGCUGAGAAAGUCGCCAAGGCUUGGAACAUCACUGGUCCUUUCAACAUGCAGAUCAUUAAGGCCGACGUGCCCGGAGAAGAGCCGGCUCUCAAGGUCAUCGAAUGCAAUCUCAGAGCGUCCCGAUCAUUCCCGUUCGUUAGCAAGGUUCUCGGCACCAACUUCAUUGAUGCAGCUACGAAGGCCUUGGUGGACAAUGAUGUCCCCGAGCCUCGUGACCUUAUGGCGGAGAAGCGCGACUACGUCGCCACCAAGGUUCCGCAAUUCUCGUGGACUCGCUUGGCCGGUGCCGACCCCUUCCUGGGCGUCGAGAUGAGCAGUACCGGUGAGAUUGCCUGCUUCGGCAAGGACCUCGUGGAGGCAUACUGGGCGUCCCUGCAGUCAACAAUGAACUUCCGCAUGCCGGAGCCUGGCGAGGGUAUCCUUCUCGGUGGAUCCACUGAGCUGCCAGAGCUGCCCAAGAUCGUUGACUACCUCAGACCCCUGGGAUACAAUUUCUAUGCUGCGAGCGAUGAUGUGAAGCGGCAUCUUUCGAAGUCAGGAGUUUCAAUCGAGGUGAUUGAAUUCCCAAAGACCGAUAAAAAUGAGCUCCGAAAGGUGUUCCAAAAAUACAACAUCCGGGGUGUGUUCAAUCUGGCAAAGACCAGGGGUAAGACCUUAGUUGAUGAAGACUAUGUGAUGAGGCGGAAUGCUGUAGACUUUGGUGUGCCCUUGUUCAUGGAGCCCAAGACUGCCUUGUUGUUUGCUCAGUGUAUGAACGCCAAAUUGCCACGAAAGGAAGGUAUUCCGGAGGAAGUCAAGAGCUGGAGCGAGUUUGCCGGUGGCAAGAUGAUGUAA